CACAGAACAAAUGUACUGGAAAAAUAAAUUAAAACAAACACAUUUCUGAUUUUCUGAAAAGUCAUCGGGGAAGAAAGAAAGAACUGAACAGUCAUAAUGGAUCGUUUACUUCGUCUUGGCGGUGGAAUGUCUGGGCUCGGUGGUGGUGCAACAACUAGUGAUGCUCCAAUGGUUGACACAGCAGAGCAAGUCUACAUAUCAUCUUUGGCACUCUUAAAAAUGUUAAAGCAUGGUCGAGCAGGUGUACCAAUGGAAGUUAUGGGUUUGAUGUUGGGUGAGUUUGUUGAUGACUACACUGUUCGAGUUAUUGACGUUUUUGCGAUGCCACAGUCAGGAACUGGUGUUAGUGUAGAAGCAGUUGAUCCUGUUUUCCAAGCCAAGAUGUUGGAUAUGUUAAGACAAACAGGAAGGCCUGAAAUGGUAGUCGGGUGGUAUCAUUCCCAUCCUGGUUUUGGUUGCUGGUUGUCCGGUGUAGACAUCAACACGCAACAAAGUUUUGAAGCGCUAUCAGAUAGAGCUGUAGCUGUAGUCGUUGAUCCUAUUCAGAGUGUUAAGGGAAAAGUUGUUAUAGAUGCCUUCAGGCUAAUCAACCCUAACAUGAUGGUAUUAGGGCAGGAGCCAAGACAGACAACUUCCAACCUAGGACAUCUUCACAAACCAUCCAUACAGGCCCUAAUUCAUGGACUAAACAGGCAUUACUAUUCUAUAGCAAUUAACUACAGAAAAAAUGAACUUGAACAAAAGAUGUUGUUAAAUUUGCAUAAAAAGAGUUGGACAGAUGGCCUCAUGUUAAAAGAUUACAACGAUCAUUGCAGUUUGAAUGAGAAGACAGUAAAGGAUAUGUUGGAAUUGGCCAAGAACUAUAAUAAGUCGGUUGAAGAAGAAGAUACCAUGACAGCGGAGCAGUUGGCUGUGAAGAAUGUAGGUAAACUGGACCCAAAGAGGCAUCUGGAAGAACAUGUUCAAGUACUGAUGACCGCAAACAUUGUACAAUGCCUAGGAUCUAUGUUGAAUACUGUAGUCUUUAAGUAACCAAUAGAAAGAGCACCUAUAACCUGGCAUUAUGAACAUUGUUCAGGAAAUGUUAACUCUUCCUUUAGAUCAACAUACAGGGGAGGGGGAAAGGGAAAGGGGGUGGUAGUUUAAUGUAACUAUCAUUGCAUUGUAAUCCUGCUAUCUGAAGUUAAUGAUGUUCACAGAUAGUCAUUACUGUUUUCACAUUUAUACAUUUUUUUGUUUUUAUUAUUAACACCUAAUUGAUAGCCAUUUACAAAAUGUCUGCUAAUGGCUGGCUUAGUGUUAUUUAUUUUUUGUAGGGGAGUGGGAGGGAUGGGAAGGAAAUGUAUAUUAUUAUUAUUACAGACCCUAUUGUCUGUGUUAUUUGUAUUAAUUGUUGUUAUUCAAAAUAAAUAAUUUCAAUAUUUUGAAUUUUACAUGCAGGUAGUAUAGAAUGCUUGGUUAUCUGAGAUGAUUGCUGCUCUAUUAAAUACAGUACAUGUAUAUACUGAUUGCUAUCUCGUGUAUAUGAA